GAAAACAGUUGUCGUUUUCCUCCACCCAGCUAGCAGACUCACAAAUCCACUUGCAUUACACACUGAGGCGGAGCCGGAGAGGAAGUUGAACUUUGCUUGCUUGUGUGUGUGUGUGUGUGUGUGUGUGUGUGUUUGCGCGCGCAAAGGAAGAAGUGUCUACAUCUUCCUCCUCUUCCAGCCGGUUAACAGUUGCCCCCACACAGCCCCCGUGGAGCUCAGCAUGUGUGAGGGACUGGUGGAGAGGUAUGUGGCUGCCAUGGUGCUGAGCGCAGCUGGAGAUGCCCUGGGGUUCUGCAACCGGAAGUGGGAGUUCCUGCAGGAUGGGGAGAGGAUCCACCAGCAGCUGGCAGAGUUGGGCGGCCUGGAUGCCAUCGAUGUGGAGCGAUGGAGGGUCAGUGACGACACAGUGAUGCACCUGGCCACGGCAGAGGCCCUUCUGCAGGCCGGGAAAGGCCCCUCCCUGGCUCGGCUAUACCCACUUCUUGCUAAGCAUUACCAGGACUGCAUGGAAGACAUGGCUGGCCGGGCACCAGGUGAGACCUCCGUGCACAACAGCAUGAGGCUGGAGCCAGAGAAGGCCAAUGGCUGGAGGAUUCCCUUUAACAACCAUGAAGGUGGCUGUGGGGCUGCCAUGCGGGCCAUGUGCAUUGGUCUCAGGUUUCCUCACCUCAGCCAGCUGGACACACUAACCCAAGUGAGCAUCGAGAGCGGCCGGAUGACCCACCACCACCCAACAGGCUACCUGGGGGCCCUUGUGUCUGCUCUUUUUACAGCUUAUGCUGUGAAUGGCGUCCCACCCCGGCAAUGGGGAAAAGGACUGAUGGAGGUACUGCCAGAAGCUAGAAAGUACAUUGUCCAAUCAGGCUACUUCGUAGAGGAGAACCUUCAACACUGGUCCUACUUCCAAAAUCAGUGGGAAAAGUACCUGAAACUAAGAGGGAUUUUGGAUGGCAAGUCAGCCCCUGUCUUCCCCCAGCCUUUUGAGGUGAAGGAGAGGGAUCAGUUCUACACCUCCCUGAGCUACUCUGGCUGGGGUGGCAGCAGUGGACACGAUGCCCCCAUGAUCGCCUAUGACGCCAUCCUUGCUGCAGGGGACUCGUGGAAGGAGCUUGCCCACCGUGCCUUUUUCCAUGGUGGGGACAGUGACUCUACCGCGACCAUUGCUGGGUGCUGGUGGGGGGUUAUGCAUGGCUUUAAAGGAGUGAGUCCUUCUAACUACGAGAAACUAGAGUACAGACAGAGGCUGGAAAAGACUGCAAGGGCUUUGUACUCUCUUGGGUCAAAUGAAGACACUGUAAUCAGCCUUUAGGGUGGGGAUAAGAGGUUCAUUUCUCACGGUUUCGUCUUCCAUGUAGUCUCUUUUCUGCUCAGUUUCUUUUCACUUUUUCUAAAGUCAAGAGUCUUAACUAUGUAUGGAGGGAGUUUUGAGAUUAAAAAGUCCCCCAAAGGCACCUCUUUGAUCUGCUUUUUUGGAGUACUGUAGUUGUCGAUGUAAAUGUAUUUUAUUUCCUUCAUUAGAUUGCUUUC